GUGCAGAGAAUGUGUAAUAACGACAAAUACGAACAGCAGUAGUGUUAUCCUGUGAGUCGUGAAUUAAGCACGCGUUUCCAGUAAUGUGCGGUAGUUUUGCGGGCGACUUUUUUACUUGGAGUCCGCACAAUUUGACAGUGUAAACAGAAUAUUUGGAGAAAAAAAAUAUAAUUCAUGCAAAAGCAAAAUAAGGAAAAAAGUAAUAAAACGAAUUCCUUGAGUCUAAAAAUGGAAAAUUAUUUUUAAAUGGAAAUUACAUAAAAAAGAAUAGGAAAAUUGUUGUGGAAAAUAUGUCCUAAAAAUUUCAAAGGUGAAAAUUACUUCCAAAACAAGUUGAAAAAUUACAUUACGAAAAAGUUACAUUGCGAUCUAAGAAUAAAUAUCAUAAUAAACCAGCGGCCUCAAAAAGUCAGUUUUGGCCAUUGUUAAGCUAAAAUAAAACUUACUUUGCCAACUUACCUUUGCAAAACAUAAUUAAAAAUAGCUCUUAUUUACUUUGAGAGUUUCUGCAACGGCUGUGUUGUUGCUGCGGUUCGUUUGUGUGGUUUUUUGCCUUCUCAUUACAACGACAGCAUCCUGUGUGUGUGUGCCAUAGCCACCUACUCCUACCAUCUUCAUCACCUUAGCCAGACUGUGCCAGCCAGCCAACCAAGCAGCUAGUCAUGAUGAUACAGCUGUUCUGGAAUAUGUGGUCUCUAUAAAUUAAGGCAUACUUCUAGGCUGCCAUAUGUGUGUUCUAUGCAACUCGUAUUUAUGUGUGUUUAUGGGUAAACAGAACAAGUGUGCGGUUAAUGCAACUGUUGUUGUUAUUGUUGUUCACCCACUUCUUGUGUGUCUAUCUCUCUCCAUAUUUCUGGCUGAGUGAACAAAUAAAUUUCGCAAAAUAAAAAAAAAAACGAAAAAAGUGAAACAAAACAAAACUUUGCAAGGUGAAAGUAUUGUGUCUCAGGUGUGAUGAAGUGUAAUGGUGGCCUGUAAAAGAAAAUCUGGAUAUGGAUAUAAAUUACCACACUUUCGCACGCUAUAAUGUGGUGGUAGAAAAGUGAAAACUGUUUUGUACAAGGCUGAGACAAAGAAUGCAGUUGUAGAUAAAUGAAGCAUACUUUUGGGAUGUUCUAAAUAAAGAAAUAAUCUAAAAAUAAAGAAAGUGAAAAAAGAGAAGGCUGCGUAGGAAAAUAGUAGAAUAAAAUAUUUUUUUUAAAUUUCAUAUAAAAACAAAGCAUACUUUUAGAAUGAUCUGAAAUAAAAUCAGUGUUUAGAGGAAAAUAGUCUGGAAAUAUUUAAAAUAAAUUUAAUGAAUUAAAUGGAAUUAAGCCGAACUAUUUUUGCAACAACAAUAAAUUCAAAUAAUAAAAAAGAUCUUUAGACAGAUCAUGAUCAGAUCAUAUAAAGUGAAAAAGCAUAAAACAGCUUUAUGGAAAAAAUUAUACUGAGAUUGAAAUAAAUAAAAAAUGAAAAAUUUUUGAUGAAGAAAUGGAAAAUAUUGACAUAAAAUCUUGAAAAAAGUUUUAUUUAAAAAAAAUGAUUUCUUAAAGUGGAUAUAUUAUAAUUAUGGCAUACUUUUAGGCUGAAUCUGAAACAAAAAUUGAAAUAUUGCAACAUAAAGUGGAAGUAUUAUAAUCACAACAUACUUUCAGGCUGAAUAUGAAAACAAAAAUACCAAUUUGGAAAUAAAAAUAAUUGGAAUAAUUGAAAAAAUAUCGGAAAGUAUAUUUUAAAAAUAUAUAAAAAUUGUUUCAUAAAUAUUUUGCAAGUCAAAGUUUUUUAAUAAAUAACUUCACGAAACAAACAAACAUAAUCAAAUACCAAUUUUUUAACAACUUCAACAAACAAGCCACCCACGUUUCUUUAAAUAAAUCACUCACGCGAAAAAAGUGUUUAACAAAAAUUUAAUAAACCAAACCAAUUUGUUUAUAUUCUGCAAGGAAAAAAAGUUAUUUUUUUGCCAUCAUCAUUAAGUCAGAAAACUCCUCUCUUUCGACUCCACUCUUUGUGGACCAACCAACUUUAAACUUUUCCCCGGAUCAAUAAAGAAAUUAUGCAAAUUUAGUCAUUCAUUGGACAUGUCGAACAAAAAGUCCAUAACACAACAAGCAGAGAAGUUGUAACACGCAACAACCACGCAACCCCACAAAGAAGGACAACAAUAUAGCGGAACACCAAAAAAAAAGUAAUACAAGGAAGGCCAACAAAUAGAAGUUAAUGCGUACACAACUGGAAGCUAUGCGACAAAAUGAAAUUUAAUUUAUGAAAAAUUUAACAAUGUCAUUGAGGGCUUCUGUGGCCAUUAUUAGGAGAAGAACAAGAAGGGACACAUUGGCAAGGUCGCCAAAGUAACUCUAUAGUCAGUAAUAAUGUCGGAAGUUGUCCAUGCCUUAACAAAUUUCUAAAAAAAAAAAAAAAAACAUUUCCGAAAACAAAUUCCCUGCAACAUACUUUGUUGUUAUUGCACGUGCUGUUGCUGUUGUUGUUGUUCCCGUUUGCUGACUACGCUCGGUACACUCGGUGGCUUGUGGUACUGGCUGAGAGCACAAAAGCGUAUAAAUUGUUGAAAAGUGUUGCCAAAAUUACACCCAUGAGAGUCUUUAGCAAACAACGACGAAUGAAACACACAACGGAUAUUAUGCCACACAAAACAAUACCGAAAAAAUAACAAAAGCAACAACAACAACGAAAAAAGACAAAGAGUGAGAGAGACAAAACACAAAAUAACAAUCUCAACGGAAACCCUGAAAAUUCAUUCCAAAAAAACAGAGCCAGGGAUGGCAUGGAACAUUAGAAGCCAAGUGCGAACGUAACUAAUUUAAGAGAGAAGCAAAAAAAAAAGUGCCACGAAAAUUAGUUAGCACUUUCAUGUAGCAUUGUCGUUAUCGACCUUGUCUAGUAGCCGACCAGAAUACAAGCUUAUUAAAGAGAGAGAGAGAGAGUGCGAAAAAAAAAAAAACAGUUUUUCCAAAUUAGCCAACAUGUUUCACACCACAAGAGAUUGCUACCUCAAUGAUAAAGAACCAAAUUGAAUUAUUAAAGAAAAGAAAACGCCAACAAAAAAUAAAUUGAAUUUCGUAAAAGGCCCAAAAAAUCAAGUGAUUCGUGACCUCCCUCUACCCUCCCAAUUUCCUUUCAAUUACAUUGAACAUUUCCCGCCAAGUGUGUCCGCCAAGUUUGUAUUUAAAACAACUCGGUAUAAUUCAAAUACGCCAAGUAAUGUCUUGAAUUCUAAUUUGUUAACGAUUUUUUCACAACAACAAUAACAAGAAAAGAAAAAAGAUAAACCAAAAAAAAAAAAAAAAAAAAAACGAAAAGAAAAGAAAAGUGUAAAAACAAAUCGCCGAAUAAACCCAGAACACCGGAAGUGAAACCAGUACCCCUCAAAACCAAGUGGAAAAAGAACAACAUCAAUAGAAGAUUUUUCAUUACCCUGCGUUCAAGUUUGUGAACCCAAAACAAAACCUCCCUGCAUCAAUAUGGCACGUCAACGCCUGCAAGAAAAACAACAUCAGUCUCAGCCUCUGCUAGACCACCAACCGCCACAUCCACAUCCCAGCCACCAACAACACCACCACCAUCAGCCUCAAAUGCUUGAAUGCCAACAGAGUUCACAACUGCCUCCAGAAUCCUCGUUCACAUCUACUUAUCAUCAUCACAAGACGCGGAGACAUCAUUUCCCCCGCUGUGGAUUAGUUUUGUUAAUUUUUCUAACUGUGAUUAAAGAAUCCUUGACAACAUAUUCAACGUCGUACACAGCGCUGGAAACAACCACAGUGUCACCAACAAAUCUUCUGCCAUAUUUCGAUUUUGAUGUGCCGCGCAACGUCACCGUGACAGUGGGCCAAACGGGUUUCCUGCAUUGCCGUGUUGAACGUUUGGGCGAUAAGGACGUUUCUUGGAUAAGAAAACGUGAUUUACAUAUCCUAACAGCAGGUUCUACCACCUAUACAUCUGAUCAAAGGUUUCAGGUUCUGCGUCCUGAGAACUCUGGCAAUUGGACAUUACAAAUCAAAUAUCCACAGCCGCGGGAUUCUGGCAUAUAUGAAUGUCAAAUAAAUACCGAGCCAAAGAUGUCCUUAUCAUAUACAUUCAAUGUUGUUGAACUCAAGGCCAACAUUAUUGGACCCACAGAUUUGUAUGUAAAAAGUGGCAGUGACAUAAAUUUAACCUGUAAAAUUAUGCAAGGACCCCAUGAAUUGGGCAAUAUAUUUUGGUAUAAAGGUUUGGAAAUAAUUGACACAUCCACAAAUCAAAAUGAAAUUGAUAGUGGGAUACGUAUUACCACGGAGAAUGACUGGUCCGAUGGUCUGACAUCAAGAUUGAAAAUACGCCGUGCCAUGCCCAGUGAUACGGGAAAUUAUACUUGUGUACCCACGAUAGCCAAGUCAUCAAGUGUCUAUGUUCAUGUAAUCAUAGGUGAACAUCCGGCAGCCAUGCAGCACAACUCAAGCAAAAUGCAUAGCAGCAAUUUCUAUUUAAGUAUAUGUUGCAUGUUAUUUACCAUUUUAACAUGUUGUUUACAACAUUUGAUGUCUACAACAAUCGCAGCCACGGCAACCACAACAAUAAGCCGAACUCUAAUGUUGCCACCAUCAGCCGCGACAUUGUCGGCUAGGCAACAUAAAACGAGAAAACCUGCUGUUACAAAAAUAAUACAAACUAAAGAGAUCUUAUCAUCCGCAGCGGUGGCAUCACCAUCAUCAGGACCAAUUUCCAGGACCUCAGCAUUAACCAAUGGCAACCAGAAGUCUACAGCUGUUUCUAAUGUUGUGGUUGCAACAGCCACAUCAACAUUAACGGACAACACUAGCAGCAGCAAUACAGCAACAACAACAACAACGACAACAGCAACCAUUUCCCGCCUGAUGUCCUGUCGUUCAAGUAUCCUCAGAUGAAAGGCUAAAAGUUACGACAACUACAACCGACUGCUGUUGUUGCAGCUAUAAACCCAAAUCUUGUACGUGGCGGUGUUGGAAGUAACAGCGCCAGCAACAACAGCAGCAGGAGCUGAGGCAGCAGUAUAUCUUAGAGGUUCUUUACUUUUCUAACUUUAUUGCCAGCCAGUCAGGGUUUGGCUGGUUUGGUUGAUUUUUAUAAAAGUGUUUUUUUGUUCACCUCUCGUUUCUUUGACUGGGUACCAUUUGGGGCGGGCGAUCUUAUAACAUAGCGACUUAACGAAAAACAUAACAAAGCAUACAGCAACAAAAAGGCAAAAAAAAACGAACAAAUAACAAAGGAUUUUCUGUUUUCAUGUUCUCCUUUUUUGUGUCUGUGUUUCGGAGCCAACCAGGAAAAGACGUAAAAAUAAAGCAAAAAAGAAGAAAAUUACAAAAACGCCACAUAAACUUCUUAGAUAGAAAGGGAGAGGGGAAAGAAAAAAACGGCAGCCGUUAAGACAAAAUUACAGGUAAUAAAGUUGCAAAAAGGAUUUUACAAAACACCAUGCGUUUGAAUCGCAUUUUAAAUACGAGCUAUAGAAGCAGCAACAACAACAGCUAAAAUAUGGCCAAAACUACUAGGAAAACGCAAUACCCAAACUUGGAAAUUCUUUUUUCUUUUCCGUCUUCUUUAUAAUUUCACAGAGUCUUUGUGUCAUGGGGGGUUUUCUCUCUUUGCCAUCCUGCCAGCCAGCCAUCAACAAAGAACAAAUUACCAGUUCUGCGUAGUGAAUAACAGAAUCCGGAGAUUUUGUAAAGUUGAAAUAAUUCAUAUAAAGUAUGUUAAGUAAGCUAAACUAAGUUUAGCUAAAAGUUAAGGUAAUUAAUUUGUGUAAAGUACCGCAGCCAGCUUAACGGCUGGGAGAAAGUUUACCGACGUGGGACAGUGGUUAGGAAGGGAGGUAUUAUUUAAUUUAUAUUUUAUAAAAAAAUCAAGAAGAUAUUUAUCGCAUUUUUUUUAGAUAAAUUAACUAAUUCUUGCAAAUUGCAGAAUUCAAUUCAAACUAUAGAUUCUAUGCCAUAGAUGACGCAGAAAAAGCAAAUCCAUGUUAGGAUGUAUUUCCGAACAGCAGAUGGAAGAUGUGUCACCAUAAAAGAAUACUAGUUCAAAUUGAGAUAUCCCUUCCAGAUCCUGGGAGACUGGACCUACACAAAUUGUAGUGAUGUGGAUUUCAUCCGAAUUGAUUUGAAGUCUUAACUUAAUUUCAUGGGAAUGUGCUUUAGACCGAAUAAUUGAGGGCAAUAUUAGACGGAGUAUUUCUCCUUUUAAAACAUUUAUAAUUAUUUCAAUAUUCCCCUUUGUAUGAAUGACACCAGAAGGCUGUAGUUAGUCAUGAAUUAAGCUUAGUUUUGUAUUUUUUAAUUAAUACUGUCAUCAAUUAUUUUUUGCGAAGUUGAAGAAUCUCCUGGGGUCAUUGCUAUUUUUGUGAAGGUUCUGAUAAUUCAAAAAUUUUUGUAUUUAUGGGAAUUUUCAGUAGAAUAUUAACAAUUUUCUGCACAUGACUUCGUCUUGGAACAUAAAAACCCAAUCCGAAGUUUAUAUUCCGAAUUUCUUUGUGACAUAAAAUGGACUGAUAUAUACCCUCUUUAGAUCUAAUAUUGGUAGAAUUUUUUCAAUGAAUUUUGCACCUUGUUUGUAUCACGAGAAGAUGGCUGAUAUUUUGUAUUUUCACCACAAUCCUAAAUUUGCCACCAAUAAUUUUACGUGCGAAGUUUGAACCAGAUCUGGUAGUAAAUGCUAUUAUUAUUUUUAUAUCCUCCGCCAUUCUAUAGAGGGUAUAUUAGUUUUGCCAUUCCGUUUGUAACUCCUCGAUAUACUAAUGAUAGCCGUACAAAGAGAUAUAUUCUGGAUCAGCAUACAAUACUAAGUCUAUUUAGUGACGUCUACAGGGUUGCCCAUAUUCGACGGACCCAUCUGGCAACGCCAUAACUUUUGACAGAGAUGUCACAUCGCUUAAUGACAUACCGUGUUUGAAGCGUUAGUGCAAGCAAAUUUUUACCAUGAACCAAUACACGCCACGCGAGCGCUCUGAAAUAGUUGAAAUUUACAUUCAACAGAAGAAGUCAAUUGUGAAAAAAGUGCGCCUUCUAAGAACACCAUUAAGCGUUUAUACGAAAAAUUUUCGACUGGUAAGGCUCUUUCUAAUCCGAAGAGGCCAUAUAAAAGUCGACCAAGGCGAUCGGCCGAGAAUAUCGCUGCCGUACGAGCCAGUGUUGAGAGGUCCCCAAGAACAUCCCAAAAACGCUGUUCUCAGCAGUUGGGCAUGGCUCGGUUCACUUUACAACGGAUUAUUCGCAUUGAUUUGCAUUUGUUCCCGUACAAAAUUCAAUUGACGCAAAGAAUGUUGCCUGCGGACAAGCCUCGUCGAUUGGAAUGGGCCCAAAGGGCCAAAAGGUCCGUCGAAUAUGGGCAACCAUGUAUAUGUCUGUCCGUCUUUGUGAUCUUUAGAAUGAAUUUAGAUAAUGCUAAAAUUUUGCACACGUGUGUAUUUUGCCAUUAGGCGGGUUAAGUUCGUAAAUCGGCCAUGUCGGUCCACAUUUUAGUGUAGACUCCAUAUAACGGUACAUCCCAAUAUUCGGUAUUUUAAUGAUUUUAGCGACAAUUAAAACUUCAUAUUUAAAGGUCGCAAUGGGUAUUGAACCCACGUCUAUGCAGUUUCACGUCUUCGUAUAGCUCCCAUAUAACGGUACCUCCCUAUAUUCGCUAUUUUGAUGAUUUUAGGGACAUAAUCUACCGGAAUUGUUAUUUUUUUAUAUGAAGGUCUUUAUCAGGUCAUAUGAAGGUCCACGUCUUCGUAUAGCCACCAUAUAACGAUACCUCCCAGUCUGUAUUUUGAUAAUUUUAGCGAAAUUAUUCACCGGAAUUGUUUCAAAUUUCGUAUAUGACGUUCGUAAUGAGUACUACAACCUAUGACAGAAAAUUGUCCAUGCAGGUCCACGUCUUCGUAUAGCCCACAUAUAACGAUAGCUCCUAUUUAUUCGGAUUUUUUAUGAUAUUCGCGACAUUAUUCACCGGAAUUGCUUCAAAUGUCGUAUUUGAAGUUCGAAACGGUACAACAGGCUGUGGCGGAACAUUUCUUACACACGCGUACACGUCAUCAUGUAGCUCCCAUACAACGGUUUCAUUUAAGCUGUAUUUUUCGAAGGAUUUUUAUUUGUCAUAUUCUUCAACUUCCUUCUAAUGGGUAUUAAAAAUUCGGCCCGGCCGAACUUUGCUUCCAUUUUACUUGUUUUAAUUCCAUUUUAUUAACGAGGUACCCGAAGCAGAGAGCCAUUAUUGACCAUUUUCGAACUAGAUCUAUGUUUUAUAAAAAAAAGUUAAAAAGUGUCAUUCGCUUUGCCGACAGUUACAUACCCUCAGCAUUUGAUGAUAUCACAUGUAAAUUUUUAAUAGGGCAGGGGCCCGCAUAGUUGCGCCGAUAUUCCUGAUAUUCGGAAGUAUAACAUUGUGCGUAGUUAAAAAAAAAAAACAUCGGUGAAUAAUUUAGCUUUAUAUAAGAGUUAUAAUUAUUCAAAAUGUUGAAGAUUUGUGGAUGAGGUACAAGAAAGGGGGCGGGACUAAUUUCCCGUUUUAACACCAAUUCUAGUAUUUGUAGAGAUUUUGGGAUGUAGCAGGUAUGGAAUGAAUCGGUUGUUCAUUUCUUAUUUCAGGAAUGUUAAGGCUAUUCAAAAUUUGGAUCCGUUGUUGGAGAGGUACUAACUGGAGUGGUCCGUUCUUUCCCAUCUUUUCGCCAAAUUAAGAGCUAUUAGAAAUAUUGAGAUGUGCUAACUUUGAAGACAAUCGGGCUUUUAUUUAUAUUUUAUAAGAGUUUUAGGUAUUAAAGUGGUAACCCUAUGUGGGCGUGGUAUCAUAAGGAGUCCAUUUUUAAUGUAAUUUCGGCAACUGACCUGGCACUGAUACAAAUGUUCAAAUUUCCAAAGUUUAAAUAAAAUCCGAUAAUUAAUUCUCUCUGACUGACCUCCGAACUCGUUUUAUUUUUGAUAAUAAUAUUCCGAUGGACAAAUUUUUUUUGACGGAAUCGGGCAUUCUUUUCGAGAUUUAUCAACCACGCCAGUCAACCGGCGGACAACGCUAGAAUGACUCCAAAUGUCUUAAAAAGGAUUUUCUACAAAGAGACCUAGUAUCUUAAACCAUUAUUUUGAUUCUUUAGCCUUCCACCAUAGACAAAUUAGGUAUAGACUAAAAAGUUGUCUCAUCUGUUAUCUCUGAAAAAAGUGGUUAAAUAGAUGUCGUUCAUGCUAUACAAUCUAUUUACUCCCAUAAUUUAAUCGGUUUAUUUAUCUCAUCACACGUGGAUCUUAGGGAGGUGUUCUUAUCGUUAUCUUGAUAAUUACGCUGAGAUUUUAAUACCCGAAUUUUGCUUAUAUCAUUUACUGGUUUAAAAUAUGUCCUCUUCGAUCAUAUUCUCAUAAAAUUUCUGUUAGAUUUAUAAAUAUGUUCUGUAUUUGUACGUUCUUUCAUCAAAGAUUUCUUAUUUCAAGAUUUUUUUGUUCUAAUUCGAUUCCCAAAAACCCACUGUUUUCCCAUUGCGGAAAAGGUGAUUGCAGCAGCAACAUUAAACACUGUAACAUUGUAAAUUAUGUAGAAAAUGAAUUACCCCGGCGUAUCAUAAUUAAAAUGUAUACACAAAGAGAUGAAAAGAGAGAAAGAAGUUAAGUGAAGUUAAGUACUUAUGCGGAAUUCUUAAAUCUUGAGUUUUAUGGUUAGCAUUUUUUUUUUUUUUUUGUUUUUGGAAAACAAAUGGUAAUGGACUUCGCUACACUAAUGCGAAAUUUUUAAAUAUUUCCUGUUUCAUUUUCUAAUCAAGAGUUAAUUUUUUAAUGAAUUAUUGACAUUAUUUUCGGACAAAAACUACAAAGGAACACCUUAUUAACAUAGCCUGAAAAGCAUUAUAUUUUACUCGAAGGAAGGAAGGAAGGAAGGAAAAACGGCUUAGUUUUUCCCAUAAAUAUUCCAAAAAAUAUAUUUUCCACCUUCGACGAAAUUCGUAGGUAAUAUAGGUAAUGGAAAAGAUACAUAAAUAUAAUUUUGGAUUUAUCCUGUUGGAAUAAUAAAGUCCUGGUUAUGUCCUGAGUAUUCUCAUUAGAGAGCAAAUUACUCGUUAUUUUCCAAAAAGGGUUUCAAUACACAUUUUGCCCUGGGUCAUACAACAAAUCAUAUUUUGUUGUUAUACACAUUUCAAACUCAUUUCACAUUCACAUCUAGUAUCUAAUUUAAUAUACCUACCUAUAUUCAAAUAUAAUAUGUAAUAAUAUACAUUUUACAUUCAAUUCAAACAUUUCAUGUAAUUUUCAAUAACAAUUUACGAAUAACCUCAGGCGCAGAACAAAAUUUACACACAACAUUUGUUGCAAUCGCACCAUAAUUAACACAUUUAUUUUGAUAAACUCGAUAUUUUAGACAGCCCGAAAAAAUAAAAAAAAAUUCCCUUCUAAAUUUGGGUUUAAAAUCAUCGCUAUUAUGUGUGUGUGUGUUUUAAUAAAAAUAUGCAAAUAGCUUUGCUGGAAAUGCUUCAAUGCUAGUAAUAUUUGUAAAUGCAAACCAGCAACAUUUAAAUUCUCCAAAUUCCGGGCGAAAAAAUUCAAAUCAUGUGUAACUCAUGUUUAGCACCAGAAAUAAAUGAAGUGAUCAAAUUACCCAUUAAACAAUUUUUAAUGGAGAAAUAUAUAAUUAUGUUUAUUGGUAUUUGAAAAUAGUUUAAUUUUCAAAUGUAAAUAAAUGUAAUUUGUUUCGCUUGCGUAGAAAUAGAAAUAUUUUAAAUGAAAUGUAGUAAUUUUAGAAUAAGUUUGACUUGAUGUUUGUUACAAACAUAACAACUUAUGUCCAUAACCUGAGUUUUAUGUGUAUUUCACAUUUAAAAUGUUCCUUUCCUGAGAUAAGAAGAUGCAUUUUCCAACAAGUUAUUCAAAAUAAUUUCUAUGAGAAUACCACAAGCAAAGACCGUUAUAACGUGUUUAAGUAUAUGUUUAAGUUUUAUACAAAAUUAGAAUAUUCCCUGUGUCAAGAAAGACUUCCCAUUUAUGAAAAAAUCCCAAGAAGGUCUUUUUCCCUAAAUUAUCAAUUAUCCUUAAAUCUUUACUUUCAAAACUUUCUAGAAUGAUGAUGAUAUUUGUAUUAAGAAUAUGCAACCAUGUGUUAAAUAUUUUCUCACUCCUGGAUACGGCCAUGGUGAGAGUAACCCUCGCUCUCUUAAUAAUCUCAAUGAGUUAGGAGCAGAGUUCAGAUUUGGUCGUUUUAGCCGGGAGCGUGAGUUGUCGAAUAGUACAAGUUUCUUUUAUGAAGUUUACUCUCUACUCUUUUCUAUGUGGUAGCACUCUUCGAGUUACUCCCGUUUGAGAGAUAAGAGUGGAAGUCAAAAUGUUCGCAUGAUUGGUCGCAGAGUACGAGUUUGUUUUAUGAAGUUUACUCUCCACAUUUUUUAUGUGUUUGCGCUGUCUAGUUACUCUUAUUUUGAGAGAUAAGAGUGAGAGUCAAAAUGGUCCAAAAAGAGUAAGAGAUUAUUUUAAGAGUGAAACCGAGUGUACGUUUCCGUGUUUAAUAGUAUCACGCUCUACCGCUCAAAUUCGAGUCUGAAAUGCAGUUCAAAUUGAGCUUUGAAUUUUGCAGUUCUGGUUAGUAGAAUAUUAAGAUAACAAAUUAUGAAAUACUAGCAAACAAACAAUUCCUAGUUGCUCUUACUCGAAUGACACAGAAAAAAAGAGCAUUCUCAAUUUAUAUUUCUUUCUCGCAGGAGUAGUCCAGCCUAAUUUCGAGUGUGAAACGCGGUUCAAUUCGAGCUUUGAAUGAGUAAUGCCGCACAUGAGUAAUCCCGCUCUUAUUCGAGUAGAGUGUGAAUAUCCCUAGAAUUCGAUUAGAAUCUUCUAAAUUUCGAGCGGAUGCUAAUCUCUCUCACUCGAGGAUAAGAAAUUCCUACUCGCUCGUACUCGAGUGACAUAGAAUUCCGAUUUAUGUUUUCGAGUGCGAAACGCGGUUCUAUUCGAGCUUUGAAUUUUGGAGUUCUGUUUAGUAGAAUAUUAAGAUAAUAAACUAUGAGAACUAGAAAUUAUGAAACACUCGAAAAUUAGCAAUUAGUACCCGCUCUUACUCGAGUAACACAGAAAAUAAAAGAGCAUGCCCAAUAUAUAUUUUUUUCUGGCAGGAGCAGUUUAGAUCAAAUUCGAUUGUGAAACAUGGAUCGAUUCGAGCUUUGAAUGAGUUAUCCCUCACAUGAUAAUCCCACUCUUAUUCGAGUAGAGUGGGGAAAUCUCCCAAUUUCGAGUAGAAUCUUCUCGAUUUCGAGCGGAUGUUAACCUCUCCCACUCGAGUACGAGCAAUGCCUACUCGCUCUUACUUAAGUGACAUAGAAUUUCGAUUUAUGUUUUUAUUUGCUCUUCCGUUCAAAUUCGAGUAUGAAACGCGGUUCAAUUCGAGCUUUGAAUUUCGGAGUUCUAGUUAGUAGAAUAUCAAGAUAACAAAUUAUGAGAACUAGAGAUAGAAAUUAUUAAACACUCUAAAACGACCAGUCGCUCUCACACGAGUGGCAUAGAAAAAUAGAGUAUGCUCGAUUUAUGUUUUUUAUUCGCUCUCCCGCUCAAAUUCGAGUGUGAACGCGGUUCAAUUCGAGUUGUGAAUUUCGGAGUUCUGAUUAGAAGGAUAUUAAGAUAACAAACUAUGAGAACUUGAAAUUAUAAAACACUCGAAAACGAGCAAUUCCUACUCCCUCUAACUCGAAUCACAUAGAAAAAUAGAGCAAUUCAAUUCGAGCUUUGAAUAUCAGAAUUCUGGUUAGUAGAAUAUAAAAAUAACAAUUUGUGAGAACUAGAAACAGCAGAACCUGCUUCAGCCGUUAGAGUUUAGUGAUUACUCAAUAACGAAUUGUUGGAGAAAUAACUGACUUAAACCCAAAGUUCUUUGGAUAAAAAUCCUUUAGGAAAUUUUGGGGUCGAUCUAGUGAUGUUAAUCCUCUAACUGUCUAAUGCACAGAAAAACUCUCUCAGAUAGCAUUGAUCCUGGUCCACUUUUUGUCCGUCGUAGAAUUUUUUUCAAGCUUAAGUUUAUUUAAACGAUGGGCAAUAUUGACCCCUCCAACUCCCCUCCUCCUCUAAAUUAUAAAAUCUUUCAAUAAAUCUUAUAUUUUCUAUGAAUGAAAGGUGUUGAAUCUUGGAAAAUCAUAAUAACUGUUUCAGACUUAGAUCUGGAAAAAGCGGAACGAUUCCCCAAUUUUUAUAAAACUUCGAAUAUUUUAACAUUUCUACUUACUUUUAAUUUAUUGAGUUUAUCAAGCUAUGUCCAUCGCGAAGCUGGGCAAUAUUGGCACCGCCAUCUCCAUCGCUAAUCUAUAAAAUCUUUCAAAGAAUCUUAUAUUUCCUAGGAACGAAAGGUGUUGAAUCAUGGAAAAUUGGAAUAACUUUAUCAGACUUAUUCUACAUAAUUUGAAUCUAUUGUGCUUAUCAAGCGAAGUUGGGCAAUAUUGGCCCCUCGUUCUCCACCUCUAAAUUAUAAAAUCUUUCAAAAAAUUUUAUAUUUCCUACAAAUGAAAGGUGUCUUGGUCUUGGAAAAUCGGAAUAACUGUACUAGACUUAGAUUAGGAAAAAGCGAAACGAUUUCCCAAUUUUUACAAAACUUCGAGUUCUUUAAGAAUUCUCCUUACAUUGGAUCUGGAGUGACUGUGGCCUUUAUAGGUCCAAUUCCUCUGGUAAAUUCUGAAUCUUGGAAAAUCAGAAUAACUGUAUCAGACAUAUAUCAGGAAAAUACGAAACGAUUCCCCAAUUUUUAUAAAACUUUGACUAUUUGAAAAAUUGUACUUACUUUGGAUCUAGAGUGACCGUGGGUCCAAUUCCUCUGGUAAAUUCUGAAAAGAGAUAAUACAAUAAGUUAUUUUCCUGGUUGGCUUCAAAAAAUAUGAGUAAAAUAAUUACGAAACAAUACGAAAAAGAGAAGAACAUUGUAAAUAUUAAAAAAAAAAACAAAUGUAAAAUGAAACAUGAUAUAAUGUCGAAGAAAAUGCCUAUAAAAUAUGCAAUUCUGAUUUGAGUUAAAAUCACAACCAUUUAAACAACCUUGAAAUAAGACCUGUAAUAAAAAUUAAAUUUCAAAUGAAAAUUCCCAUAAAUUAAUUUAUUAUAGCAAUUAAUUUCAGCCACCUCCUACACCUAUAAAUUUACAUUAAAAUUGCACCCAUUAACAUAUUUUUUAAAACAUCCACAACAAAAAAACGAAAAUUAAUUCUAAUAAGUGAAAUAAAUAUACAUGAUUUUUUUCCGAACAAAGAUAUUUGAUCUUUAUAAAUAUCAAUGUAAAAAUAAGCCAUACAAAAAUAACAACAACAUAAAACAAACACAUAUUCAACAUAAAACGGUAGAUGGUUGUUUGUUAUUGAAAUACGGGAUUAUUGUAUAUAGAGAUUUUAAUUGAUAACUUUGUAUAAUGAGAUAUUAUUUGAGUUUUCAUAUUUCAGUUCAUAAUACCGUAAUCGUAAUCGUCAUUUGCAUACACAAUAGUAAAUAAGCUAUUCCAUGUAAGAUAAAUGUAGAAUUAAAAUUUAUAAUCGUAUAUGAUAAUUAUAUAGAGAUAAUAAUCAACAACAUGCAUACAAACACAGAGACACGCCGACACAUAUGACCCACAUCCUAUAUUACACCAUUGAUAUGACAUAUAUACACAUUAAAUAAAAAAAGUGAAAAACAAAAAAAAAAAAAAUCGAAAUAAAUUGAAAACAAUUUCAACACUCUCACACACAAACAUCCUCACAUAUUACCCCCUGAAAACUUAGUUGAAAAAUGUAGCAAAAUAAUAUUAUAAAACAUAUACAUACAUAGGAUACCAUGAUAAAACAAUAAAUAAAAUAACCUUAACUUGCAUAAAAUUUAUGAAAGUGCAAAGCAGUGGCAUAAAUUCAAAUUUAAAAAAAAAUAAACAAAAAAAUCUAAACGAAAACACUCAUUUAAAAACAUAUUCUAAUGACACAUAAUUAUAAUGACUUUACAUCAAUAUAACUACAUUUAAUAAUAAUAAUAAUAAUUGCAGAUGUAAGUUAAUUUAAUACAAAAAAUAAAAUUAAAACAAUACCGCAUCAUUAAGGAAUAAACUGAGAAAAGAAAGAAAAAAAAUCAUAAACCACAUUAUUAUUAAUAUUAUUAAUAAAAAAUGAAUAAAUAAAUAAAAAACAGUACUGUGUAUUAUGAACGAUAAGAAAGAAUAACUGGCAAAUGUAUUCACACAAUAAGAUAACAAUGGUAAAUUGAAAGCAAACAACAGAAAGAAG